GCUACUUUUAAAUAAAUAAGUAAUAAACACGUCAGAAUAAAUAAAUCCAUUUGAACAACAUCAAAAACUCUGCUCAAAUGUGAACCCUGAUUUCCCAGCGUAGGGUUUCAGCAAUUGCCUUCCAGCAUCAAUCCUUUUAGGACCAGAGACAGACUUUGGCAAGGGAAAGGCGCUUCCCCUCCCCCCAGAUGUUUUUGGCCAUUGGCUGUUGAUUGCUCAAAGGAAACUGAAACCAUUAAUCCAGAUUUUGGAUUUUGCAGCCCAUCAGAGGCAGCCACACUCUCUCAGAGGCAUGCCUUGGUCCGGCCCUGUUGCCGCGAGCAGAGGAACUUGGGCUCUGGGGUCAGAUGGGUGAGGCUGAUCGGAAGAAAUGAAACUCAUUUGGAAGCUGCUGCCAAGGGCUGAGUUCAGGAAACAGAUGGGAUGUUUCGAACGGGUGACGGAGAGCCACACUCCCCUUCCUCUUUUCCCUGAUGGAUGUCCCCAGUGCUAUUUUUCUAGAAAAAGAGGUGCUGGAACUCACCAUGAACGCCUCCCUUGUUCUCUUAUAAUUGCAGCGGCACCCACCCGAGAGGUCCAGCAAAUUCCAGAUGAAAAAAACACCCUGGCCCACUUGCUAUUUGGAGGUCUGAGUGAGAUGCUCAGGCAUGGCUCUCAUCUGCAGCCAUUAUUCACAUCCCUGCAUUCAUUGGAGAAAUGUUGGAGAGUAUGUAAGGCCGGAUAUCCUAAAGAUAGCCUCCACCAGGCAAGUGCCUGGAACCCCUGGUGUCUGUCACCACUCAGAGACUGGGGUGGCAUGUGACGUUAAUAUUGCUGCUGCUAUUGUUGUUGUUAACAGAUUUUACAAACAAGGCAGUCCCUGCCUGCAGGCCUGCAGUCUCAUGGGCACGACUCAAAAGGGCAUUGCUGACAUUGCCUUCAUCAUCGCAACAACAACAAUUCAGCACAUUGAGAGAGAGCGUACUCCAGAGAUCGAUCACAUGCAUUGCACAAAGGAGGUCUCAGGUUCAGCGUUUGGCGUCUCCACCUGAAACAGGGACGGGGAACCUGAAGGGUUCGGGAUGCUCAUAGACCCCAGCUCUCUUCAACCCCAAUUGCAGGGAAUGAUGGGAGUUGUAGUCCAACGACAUCUGAUGGGCCACAGGCAUUCCACAUUCCGUGGCCCAUUUGCUCAAAGGUGUGCUCAUCUUUGGGGCAGGUCUUCAAUCUAACUGUGCACCUUGCUUGCUUUCCUUCCCCCUCCAGGAAUUUGCCCUUAUAUAAUCAGCCGUUGGACACAUCUAUGGCUUUGCCCUUCCUCCUUCUUGCAAUGUCCAGUUAUGUCCCCCAAGCCUUUGGUUCCUGGGGUGUCACGGCCCCCGAACAUUUGCGGAGCGUCAAAGACUCCUGCGUCUUCAUCCCAUGUACCUUCAGCUACCCCAGCAACGUCGCUGUCCCAAAUGGCAUCACGGCCAUUUGGUACAAAGAUUACACAGGGCAGAAGGCUGUGGUUUACCACUCAGCAACUCCUAGUAGCAUGGAGGGUCAGUUUCAAGGACGCACAGAGCUGCUGGGAGACCCCCUCCAGCGCAAUUGCACCUUGCUUCUGAGGGGUGUGACAACCGCAGAUGCUGGCAAGUACACCUUCCGGUUCGAAAUCAGCGAGGGGAACCGCUGGUCCGAUCCAAAGGGGGUUGAGCUGACCGUCACCGACUCGGCCGACAUCCCCACCAUUGCCUCCCCGGACAACCUACACGAAGGGAUGGAGGUGUCCUUCAGCUGCUCCAGCCCCUACACAUGUCCCUAUGACAACAUCUCCAUGAGAUGGCUUGGCUAUGACACGGCGACCUCGCUUGUGUCCGGGACGCUGCAGCUGGACACGGCGGCAUCACUCAGGAAGCAAACCCUGACCACUUCCUUGUCCUGGAAGGACCACAACCGGGAACUGAGCUGCGAAGUGUCCGUUGGGGAGCAGGUGGCCACAGGAAGAAUCACACUCAACGUGAAACAUCCCCCCAAAGGCGUGAAAGUGUCGCUCAACCCAUCCUCCAAGAACAUCCGAGUGGGCGAUGAAGCAUCCCUGACAUGCACUGUGGACAGCAGUAACCCUGAAGUCACCGCCUACAGGUGGUUCAAAGAUGGCGUCUCCUGCGGAAGUGAGCCAGUUAAAACCAUCGGCAGCGCUGCCCGUGAAGAUUACGGCCUGUACCACUGUGAGGCAGAAAACUCUGUGGGCACUGGGGUGGCCGAAGGAGUAACCCUCUAUGUUUUCUCUGCUGUGCUGUCCAUCAGCCCCUCUUCCAGUGUCAGGGAAGGGGAGACAGUCACGCUGACCUGCGACGUCCCUGGGGAAGACAAGCAGGAGAUCCACUACAGCUGGUACAAGAAUAACAUCUGGAUCAAGGAAGGCAGCGCCAGGAUCCUGGUCUUCCAUGAGGUUUCGGUGGGAGACACUGGCUAUUACUCCUGCAAGGUGCAGAAUGACAAAGGGAGCGAGAUAUCCCAAGCCAUUGGCCUGAGCGUCUUCUACCCUCCGAGGGCCCCCUCCCUCUCCUUGUUCCAGGAGACCCAGGAAGGGCAGCUGGCCAUCAUCUACUGCACCGUCGACAGCAACCCCCAGUCCGCCCUGAGCCUUUACCGGGACAAGCGGCUGAUCGCGACCACCAGCUCACACUCGGCUCCCAGCCAGCGGAUCAGCAUCAGCACCACACGCAACUCUUUGAAGCUGGAAAUCCAGAAGGUCGUUCCAGAAGACGAGGGCGAAUACCGGUGUGUGGCGUCCAACGCGUAUGGGAACGCCACCGCGGCGAGGUUCUUCGGUGCUCAAACUGCUAGGGUGGUGGCCAGCCCUUCCGAAGAGUUACCCAAAGGCGAGCGAGUCACCCUGACCUGCGUGUCCGCCUUGGGGCCGGGAGAUGGAACCACGUACACGUGGUACAAGAAUGCCAAGUGGCUGCAGGAGGGGGUGGAGAGCUCCCUGGUCUUCCCGGCCUUGGCCAGCGGUGACGCAGGAACAUUCCACUGUGUUGCUCGGAACGAGAAAGGCAGCAGCACAUCGCCAGCCAUCAUCCUGCGCGUCUUGUAUCCCCCCACGCAGCCUGUGCUGAGAUCCUUCCUGGAAACACAAGGAGGACACCUGGGCGUCAUCCAAUGCACAGUUGACAGCGAACCAGCCUCUGAGAUAGCUCUACACAAGGGCGGCACACUCAUCGGGUCCACCAGCAUCACCCACACCUCCUCCGACCCAAGAGUGAGUGUGAUCCAGUCGUAUAACACACUGAAGGUGACCAUCAAGGGCGUGAGGCUGGAGGAUGAAGGAGAGUACCUGUGUUCUGCUCAAAACCGCUAUGGACAAUCCACGGCCUCCAUGGACUUCACGGCGGAAACUGCAAGAAUCACCAUCUCCCCAUUCUCAGCGGUGCGUGAAGGUGAGGCAGUCCAGCUGUCCUGCGAGGUGAACAGCGAUAACACCACCUCAAGCAACUACACCUGGUACAGGGACGGUCUCCCUCUCCCCGAGGCCCGUGGGGAUUCCCUGGAGUUCCAGCAAGUGUCCAGAGGCGAUUCAGGGAUCUAUCGCUGCCAAGUGGAGAAUGAGAAAGCCAGCAAGAGCUCCGCCGCUGCCACCCUGUCUGUCCUUUACCCCCCUGGGAAGCCUCAGGCGUCAGUCUUUAUGGAGACGGAAAGAGGGCGGGUCGCCAUCUUCCAGUGUUCAGUGGACAGCAACCCUCCAGCCCAACUGGUCCUGUAUAAAGGGGGUGAAGUCGUGGCUUCUAGCCGCUCAGCGAACAGCGCAGCCUCCCAGAGGGUCAGCAUCACAGCCGCUCCCAAUGCCAUGCGGGUGGAGAUGAGAGGCAUUGAGCCGCAGGACGAAGGCAGCUACAACAUCACAGCAACCAAUGCCUACGGCUCUUCCUCCAGGCUGCUGUACUUCCGUGUGCAGACUGCCCGAGUUCUGGCUACGCCAUCCCCCGAGUUGCUGGAAGGAGAGGCACUCACCCUGAGCUGUGACGUGAUGGGGCCUGCUCCCGAGGACUCCACCUUCUCUUGGUACAAAAACAGCAAGCGCCUCCCGGAGAGCAAUGCCGCCACACUCACCUUCAAGGCCAUCACCAGCAGCGACGCUGGAUCCUACCAUUGCAAAGCCCACGUGCUGGAUGAGGCCAGCACCAGCAUCUCUCCAGCCAUCAGCAUAACUGUCUUUUAUCCACCUCGGAAACCUCAGGUGACCUCCUUCCUUCAGACACAGGGCAGGCAAGUGGCCGUCGUCCACUGCAGCACCCAGAGUGAGCCACAGUCCCAGCUGGCCAUCUACAAGGGCGGUGAGCUCCUGGCCUCCACCAUCAACUCUGGGAUCAAUCCACGGGUCGGCGUAUCAGCCUCGUACAACAGCUUGAGACUGGAGAUCUCCCACGUGGUGAUGGAGGACGAAGGAGAGUACUUCUGCUUUGCUGGCAAUGUGCAUGGCAACGCCAGCUCCUCGGUGGUGUUCAUCGCAGAGACUGCAAGAAUCUGGAUUUCUCCUCCGGAUGUUCUCGAAGGGAAUGCAGUGAACCUCACCUGUGCAGUUGACAGCAAUACAGCUGGCGAUCCGCACUACACCUGGUACAAAAACAACAGGUGGUAUGCUGAAGGCGCAUCAAAUAUCCUGUCACUUCCCCACGCUACUGUGGCCGAUGCUGGCUCCUACUACUGCGCAGUGAAGAACCAGGAGAGGGUUCGGAACUCCUCCUUGGGCACUCUGAACGUCCUCUAUCCUCCCAGGAACGCUUGGGUGAAGUCUUUCCUGGAGACCCAGAAAGGGAUGCUGGCCAUCAUUGUGUGCUCUGUCGAAAGCAACCCCUGGUCUGUGCUCUCCCUCCUCCGAGGCAGCGAAGUCCUUGCCUCCAGCUCUUUCCAAGCCAGCCGGGCGCCAAACCACAGGCUGAGCACUGCUGCCUCUCCAAACUCCUUGAGACUCGAGGUCAAAGAUGUCAGCCUGGACGACGAAGGGAUGUACGAGUGCCUGGCUAGCAAUGGCAUUGGCAAGACCAGCGCCUCCUUGGACUUCACAGUGGCGACUACGAGGGUUGUGAUUAAGCCAGUCCCAGAGGUGCGUGAAGGGGAUCGGGUCUCUCUCGUCUGUGAAGACAGAAGCUCCCCAUCGACAGCUGUCUACACCUGGUACAAGAAUUCCAGGUGGCUGUCUGAGGGCCCGGCCCCCUCCCUCGUCUUCCAGGCGGUGGCAACCAGUGACAUGGGCUCCUACUCCUGCCAAGUUCAGAACGAGAGGGGGACCAGGAAGUCUCCACCUGCCGCCCUGCGGGUGCUCCAUGCUCCAAAGAAGCCCUCUCUGACUUCCUUCCUGGAGACUCAGUCCGGGAGCCAGGCCAUCAUCGAGUGCACGGUUGAGAGUCACCCGCCAUCCGAUGUCACCCUGUACAAGGAGGGCGUGAUUUUGGCUUCCAGCGGGAGUUCUGGGACUCUCCCUACCCAGCGGCUCAUUGUCCACUCAGCCCACAAUGCCCUGAAAGUUGAGAUCAAGGAUCUCCGCUUCGAAGACAACGGGCAGUACCGAUGCUCAGCUAAGAACCCUUAUGGGGAGACCACUGCCUCCAUGUGCUUCAAUGUGGAGAAUGCCAGGGUCGCGAUUGAGCCCUCUCCCGAUGUCCAGGAAGGAGCCGUGGCCAAUGUGACCUGUGUGGUUGUCAGCCAGGCGGCGGGGGAAAUGAACUACACAUGGUACAAGAACAGCAAGUGGCUCCAGGGUGGUCCGGAGCAGUCCCUCCUCCUGGCAGGCGUGGCCAGGGACGAUGCUGGCUCGUACCACUGCCAGGCAGAGGGGAAGACUGGAACCGUGACCUCUGCCUUGGUCAUCCUGAACGUGCUUUAUGCCCCCAGCACCCCUGCCGUCAGUGCCUACCUGGACAACCAAAACGGUAAGGUGGGCAUCAUCGACUGCAAGGUGGACAGCCAUCCCCGCUCCCUGCUGGCCUUGUACAAAGGAGAUUGGCUCCUAGCUGACACUAACCACUCCCAUGCCGCAGCCGGACUGCGCUUCGCCAUGUUCCCCUCCUACAACAGCCUGAGGGUGGAGAUCCGAGACGUCACGCCAGAGGAUUCGGGACGUUAUGUCUGCCAGGCCGGCAACCCGUUUGGAAAGACCGCCAGCGCUGUUGACUUCAGCGCAGAGACGCUCUCCAACCUCCACUUGUUCAAGCUCCUGGCUGGGCUAUUCAUUGCCUUGACUUGCGCAGCUCUGCUUUGUGCCUUGGCUCUCGGGAUACAAACACAUUGGACCCGGUUCAAUGAAGAGUGCAAAAGGUGGAAGCAGCAGAAAAACAAGAAGGUGGAAGCAGCAGCAGGGGCAGAAAACAGAGAAGAGACUGCCCAGCUAAGCGAGCAGGACACAGGAACGCCUCCAGCUGGCCGGUUCUGCCUCUCUUACAGGAAGCUGCGAGCAAAGACCGACAUUCCUCCACAGGAAGAACCCUCCGCACAGAGCUGCACAAGCGCCUUGUGAGCACUGGGAAGAGAUCUGGUGGGAGCCGCAGCAACCAGAAGACCAUGCCAGUCAUGGAGAACGAGGCAGAAAGGGUGGUCUUCUAAAGACUUUUGCUCUGGACGCUGAGUUGGAAUCAUAGAAUUGUAGAGUUGGAAGGGACUCUGAGGGUCAUCUAGUCCAACCCCCGCACUGCAGGAAUCACAGCUAAGGAAUCCCUGAAAGACAGGCAUCCAAACUCUGCUCAAAAGCUUCCAGUGAAACCUUUGGAGAGAGUCUGCUCCCACAUCCUCAUCAUUUCAGGAACCCCAUUUUUCACCAAACCACCUUGAACCUUUUCACUCAUUUAAAAUUUCAGAAUCAGUCUUGGAUUUUGAACUUCAUCAGAUUACAUUUUUGAUGUUUGAGCAGGCUGGGCAAAAAAUGAAGGAGGGGAUGUAGCCUUCCACCAGAAGCCUUUCUUUCCCUCCUGCGCAAGCUAUUCUGAGCAGGCGGUCCUCUUCUGCUGACCUCCAAGUUGGGCAGAAAUAGGAAGGGGCCAUAGCUCAGUGGGAGACUAUUUGUGUUGGAAGCAGGUCUCAGGAUCAAUUCCUGGCACCUCCAGGUAGGCUUGGGAGAUGCUCUUGCCUGAAACCCUGGAGAGCUGCUGCCGGUCAGUGUAAACAGUACUGAGCAAGAUCGACCAAUGGUCUGACUCAAGAUGAGGCAGCUUUCUAUAAGGACCAUGUGCAUGGAGAACAGACUGGGUCGUGCCAUCUGCCUUGUCAGCAAACCUUUAGAUAAUCCCAGGAGGUGCCAGCUUGCCAAAUCCCAUACAUUUACUCCUCAGCCAAUGGCAUCUGGGUCAAAACCAGUGUCCUCAUCGCCUCCUUGCCAUAAAAGGUCAACUUCAGCGCUACACAGUCAACACCUUCACCGCCAGAGUCAUCUCGCCACAACUGUCUGUGCUAUUAACAUUUGUGCUGUCUAAUAAAUAUUGUCACCAGCAACACCGUAUCCAGCACCCCAGCUUCUUCUCUAACUUUCUCUGAGACAUGAGUGAAGAACAUGAAAAAAUAAGAAGGGACUGCUGGAUCAGGUCAAAGGCCCGUCGAGUCCAGCAUCCUCUCUUCACACUGGCUGAUCAGGAGACUGCGGGAAUACUCACAAGCAGGACCUGAGCCCAAGAGCCCUCUCUCCUCUUGUGGUUUCCCAGCAUUGCUGCCUCCAACUGCAGAGACACAAUAGAGCCAUUCUGGCUAGGGACCAUCCCAGCCCUUUCCUCCUCCAUGAAUUUGUCCAAUCCUCUUUCCAUCCAUUCGUGUCUCCCUUUCAGCAGAAAGGAACAGUUUUGGUUGAGAACAGCCUUCUCUCUCUGCUCCGCAGCCCAAGGAGAGGGCAGAACUUCUUUAUUAAUGAUCCAUUCAUUUAUUUUCAUUCAUAUCUCACUUUUUUCUUCAAGGAGCUCAAAGUGGCAGACAUCGUUCUCCCCGCCCUCUUCUAAUCCCUACAGCAACACCCCUGUGAGGUAGGUUAGGCUGAGAGGCAGAGACUGGACCAAGCUCACCCAGUGAGCUUCAUGGCCUAGUGGGGAUUUGAACUCAGGUCCUGGUCCAAUUCACUAACCAUGCUGACUUCCCUGUGAGACUUGGCUCAGUCUUGUUGCAAAGGAUGAAAACACACCUUCCUUUUUAAAGUACUUUAAAAAGCACUUGAGAGUCUUCCUUUGCUUCAGUUAACACACAUCCCCACAUUCUCCAGCUACACCAUUUCAUGUGCAAAAGCCGCCUUUUCAGAAGUCUGGAAGACCCAGUUUGAAAACUCAUGAGGGUGACACCUGGUGGAAAACGGGUAGAAACACAACAGGCUGCCUACGGUAGGCGCCUUCAAUAGCUCUUUCCAGCUGAUAAUGGUGGGGGUUCAAUUUGGUGGGGGCUAGGAUUCCAAAUGGAGAUGGCAUGAGGAAGCUGGGACCAGCUGGCUUCGCAUGCAGCCGACCCAAUUCCUAAUUUUUUUGCAGAAGCGAAGCUGAAGGGAUUAUAGCUUCUAUGAUAAGGAGCUGCCUUUGCUCCGUGGAGCUUGCAGUACUGAUCCGGUCUCGGAAACGCUCUGUGCAUGUCCAGAUGGCGACAUAUUAGGUUCCCGCUCACUCAAAAUGCCCGUUUUGCAGUGGGGGGAUACACACUCCAUCUGCCCUCAUGACCAGUGUAAUUCCUACAGUUCUGGGGAGUUCCAGCUGGCACAGGUACAAUGCCCGACCUCCUGGUAGCAGCAAGAAUGCAGCGUGUUGGUGCUCCAUCAUUUGAAUUGCCAUCUGGGCAUUACAGGAGGCACCUAUAAAGUCCCAAGAUGUCUUGAGUCCAAGGCACCUGACACCUGCCUCUUUCUCCAUUUCCCGCUGUGACACAGCACACAGUUUGGCUGCGGAACUCCUUCCCACAGGAGACACUGGUGGCCACCGACUUGGGUGGCUUUGAGAGACUUGAACAAAUUCAUGAAGAAGAGGGCUAUCAAUGGUUACUAGCCAGGAUGACUCUGCUUCAGGUGUGCCAACUCUAUGUCUGCUGGCAAGAUAUCAGCCUGACGUCGCACAGCCUGGCAGCAUCUCACCCAGGUCCUGCUGGGAAGUUGCCCUGGGCCAACCAGUGCAGCCUGGCAUGUGAAUGUUGCAUUGGGAAGGAACUCGGUUGGCUUCUCCCAAUGCGACAGAGACAGUGUUGUAUAACCUAGAACA